AUGCGUUCUUCUGUUUCUUCCGCGAAGGAGGAGAAGUCAUCGAGAAGAAGAAGAAGAAGAAGAAGAACGACCACCGGAAGGGCGGGGAAGAUGCGACCAAUGGUGGUAUUUCGUCUCUCGUUUAGGAAGCGGAUACUUUUCGCGUUCGCGUUUGUCGCCUUUAUUUUCGGGACGAGCUUUGGCCGCGGAGGCGUUUCCGCCGUCGAAGUUGAUGACGCUACUAAAUCGCCUCCUUCUUCGCCGGCGCACUGUGACGCAUCGGUGGCACCGGAGAACGGCGAUAUUGGUAAUUGCACUUCAAAGUUGCCGAUAGGUCAAACGUGCAGACCAGUGUGCGCCGACGGAUUUGUGUUGGCGUUGUCGGGAAAACAGUCGUAUUGCGCCCCGGAUGGGAAACUCUCCUACGAAGCCGAGUGCGUUUAUGACAGUUGUUUUGUUUUGGAAAGAAAUGCGGCACAAGAGCGGAAACAAAAACCGAUGAACGAGAUUAUCGUCCACCCCGACGGUAAAGACGAGAAAACUGUUCUCGUGUCAAAAGACGAAAGGGAAAUGCAUGUGGAAGUCGACACGAUGCGCACGCGUGCGAAACUCAUCUCGUACGCCAACGCGAGCACGAAUAAUGUGGUCGUGAGUAAGAGAUUAAUUGCAGGAGGUGAGAACGAGGAAGAGAUAGACGUGGAAAAGAGAUUGACGGAAUUGAGGAAGAAGGCGGCGGAGUUGAGAGAGAGACUCUUACGAGUGAAAUAUCGAUACACGCCUCCUCCUUCACCGCCUCCAUUACCUCCUUCACCACCACCUUCACCACCUUCACCACCUCCACCACCGCCUCCAUCACCGCCUCCAUCACCGCCUCCGUUGCCUCCACCGCCGUUGCCUCCACCGCCGUUACCUCCACCGCCGUUACCUCCACCGCCGUUGCCUCCACCGCCGUUACCUCCGCCGCCGUUACCUCCACCGCCGUUGCCUCCACCGCCGUUGCCUCCACCGCCGUUGCCUCCACCGCCGUUACCUCCGCCGCCGUUGCCUCCACCGCCGUUGCCUCCGCCGCCGUUGCCGACGUACUUGACAGAUGAAACCUUCUUCGGCGCGUUUGAUUUGUGUUUGAAAGAAUCACCAGUCACGGGCGAGUGCACGACGUAUGGAUUGUCGACGACGAAUUACGGCACGAUGCCGAAUUGGGAUGUGAGUAGAGUGAAAAAUAUGAAGGAUCUUUUUUACCCGUGGAGGAAUAAUCCUGCAAUUUGGUAUACAGAAUUCAACGGCGAUAUUUCGAGUUGGAACACAGGGCAAGUGACGACUAUGAGAGCUAUGUUUAAUAACGCUCAAGUGUUCAACCAAAACAUUGGGGAUUGGAACACAGCGCAAGUGACUGAUAUGACUGAGACAUUUUAUUUUGCAUACAGGUUCAACCAAGACAUCUCGGGUUGGGACACAUCGCAAGUGACCCGCAUGCAUCGCACCUUCAAUAUGGCCAAAGAUUUCAACCAAGCCAUCGGGAGGUUGGGAGGUUGGGACACUUCACAAGUGGGCGAUAUGACGUACAUGUUCAGUGGCGCGACGGCAUUCAACCAAGACAUUUCCUCGUGGACUGGAGCUGCCGCAACUACUCAGCAACCGAACAUGUUUUCCGGCGCUUCUGCGUUUGAAGCGAAAUUUAAGUGCACCGACGCCGUCACCGGUCCAGCGAAUUCGUGCGUAGGUCCCUCGCCAAUUCCGGCCGGUACAAGCUGGCAUACUUUCGUCAAGGAUUGUUUGGAUGAAUCUGCAGCGACUGGAGAAUGUAUAGACUGGGCUCGAUCGCAAGACGUUUGGUACGGGACGAUGCCGAAUUGGGAUACGAGUUUGGUGACGGAUAUGAGUGGCCAUUAUAAAGGCUUUAGCGAUAAAAGGACAUUCAACGGCGAUAUUUCGAAGUGGAACACAGAAAAAGUGACUGAUAUGAGAUAUAUGUUUUAUUACGCUUCUGCGUUCAACCAAGACAUUGGGAGUUGGAACACAGCGCAAGUGACUUCUAUGAAUUCUAUGUUUCGUGACGCUUCUGCGUUCAACCAAAACAUUGGAAGUUGGAACACGGCGCAAGUGACUACUAUGGGCAAUAUGUUUCAAUACGCUUCUGCGUUCAACCAAGACAUUGGGAGUUGGAACACAGGGAAAGUGACUACUAUGUAUCAAAUGUUUUUUGCAGCUUCUGCGUUCAACCAAGACAUUGGGAGUUGGAACACAGCGCAAGUGACUACUAUGAAUUCUAUGUUUCCUGACGCUUCUGCGUUCAACCAAGACAUUGGGAGUUGGAACACAGAGAAAGUGACUACUAUGAUGUAUAUGUUUUAUCAAGCUCCUGCGUUCAACCAAGACAUUGGGAGUUGGAACACAGCGGAAGUAACUAAUAUGCAAUAUAUGUUUUCUUACGCUUCUGCGUUCAACCACGACAUUUCCUCGUGGACCGGAACCGCAGCGACAUCGGCGCAAACGAAUAUGUUUCUCGACGCUUCUGCGUUUCAAGAGAAAUACACGUGUGGCACCUCCGGCCCUGCGAGUUCUUGCAAUGUUAUCGAAAGCACGUGGAUAGCUCCUUCUCCUCCCCCGCCUUCUCCUCCCUCUCCUCCGCCGCCUCCUCCUGCGCCGGGGAUGUUUUUUACGGCGGUGGCGCUGAGCGACGACGGGGAUCAAGUGACGGUGGAUAUCGGGGAAACAGCGUUCAACGAAGCAUUUCAGCUUUGCCCGCUCGUGAAAUACGUUCGAAAUGGUGCAGACCACGCGUAUUAUCAUCGCAUCACAGAUAUUCCGUCGAACUUUGACGCGUAUUCGUUGUUCACGUACACGUGGAAGGACACGAACAACGUGCUAGGCACGGAUUUUGAUCUCUUCGAUACUUUAGACGAUUUACGCUCCAGCGCCAACAAGUGGCAAUUUUGUAACUACAACGACCCGGACGUGGGGUUUCCGAGAGAUUGCGGCAAAGAAACGGGUGUUGCCGACACGUGGUUCUCCAUGCCCGGGGAUCGAUACAACGCGAGAGGGUUGGAGGGCGGCGCUUCGUUCGAGAUGUGGAGCGGUGGCGGCUGCCCAGGAAUGGUGGAUCCGAUUCCGUCGGCAAGUUGGACACAGUUCGUUGAAGAAUGCUUAGCGGAAAAUGGUGCGGAAGUCACCGGUGAAUGCACUGAGUGGGCGUCUACAAAUAAUUACGGGACGAUGCCGGGGUGGGACACGAGUUUGGUGGAAGAUAUGAAUUCCACUUUUACUGGAAAAAACGCCUUUAACGGCGACAUUUCGAAGUGGAACACAGAAAAAGUGACUAAGAUGAAUGAAAUGUUUUCUUCCGCUUCUGCGUUCAACCAAAACAUUGGGAAUUGGAACACAGCGCAAGUGAAUGAUAUGUAUGAUAUGUUUUAUUCCGCUUCUGCGUUCAACCAAGACAUUGGGAGUUGGAACACAACGCAAGUGACUGAUAUGAGCAGAAUGUUUGCUCAGGCUUCUGUGUUCAACCAAGACAUUGGGGGUUGGAACACAGAAAAAGUGAAAUGGAUGGAUUAUAUGUUUAAUUCCGCUUCUGCGUUCAACCAAGACAUUGGAAAUUGGAACACAGAAAAAGUGACUGAUAUGUCUCAUAUGUUUUCUUCCGCUUCUGCGUUCGACCAAGACAUUUCCUCGUGGACGGGAACGGCAGCGACAACGGCGCAAUCUAACAUGUUUCUCGGAGCGACUGCAUUUGAAGCGAAAUUCGCGUGUGCCGACGCCGUCACCGGUCCGGCGAGUUCGUGCGAUACGAUUAAAAGUACUUGGUUAAUCACUGCUUACUCGUAUCUUGGUGAAGGCGAGUGUCGUCAAUCUGAUGGCAGUUACCCAAUAAAAUUCUCGAAAGGCUAUUACGAUUUGAACCCUCACACGAGCGGUACUAAUGCUGAGCAAGCUCUGGACCGAUGUAAGGCAAAGUGUUUCGCAUUCGCGUGGUGUUUAGCUGCCGAAGUUGUACUUCGGGAUAUUUGGGAUACACCUGAGUGUCGAUUAAUUACGGAUUGGAACGCUUAUGUUGUUGAAUCGACGAAUACAUUCCAAAACAAUCAAUGGGGAGGUACGCAAAGUAUAGAUGGUGAAAAUUAUCAGACGUAUUGCAAUGGUGGCUCGUCCCCGUGUAGCUCUUCAAAUGUUUUCGAUGGAGGGAAACUCAACAGUCGAGAUGGAUACCACUGUUACAUAAAGACUGCUUCGACGUUGCCUCCACCGCCGUUACCUCCACCGCCGUUGCCUCCGCCGCCGUUGCCUCCACCGCCGUUACCUCCGCCACCGAGUCCUCCGCCAGUCCCCUCCUCGCUGUCAAAUAACGAUCCGCUCAAUAAUCAGCGGGAAAUUUCCUACAGCACUGCGGAUGGAUUCGUCGUCCAAUCUGGCGACGAUUUGCCAAACGCUUAUUCUGAACUAAGCAACGGCGAUCGCGUGUACGCAUGGAAUUUUUAUACUAAUGCAUGGUCAAGUCGUGGUCCCUCAAACUUAUUCGACGCUUCAAUAUCGGAUUGGGAUCAUGGGGCACACACCAAUUCAGGUCCGACUUCAAAAUGGACGUACAAUUUCGCUUCCGGUAGCAAGUUGGUGACGUCGAUGAAGUUUACUCAGCCGGGAGCGAACCAUUUUGAAGGCGAUAUCACAAUCGAGUACUGGGAUGGAAGUGCUUUCGUUGGUGUUUCAAACCCGAGCUCUGCUGGUUUUGCAACCGAUGUCACGUACGUUUCGCUAGAGGAAAUUGAAAUCAGUUUUGAUCCAGCGUUUUCGGCGUGGUUUCGAAUAACCGUGUAUCCGCACCCGAACUCACCGAACAAAAACUACAACGGCUUAUGGGAAUGGGAGAUUUCUGGGUUUGUCGUGCCUUCACCCCCACCACCUCCGCCAUCGCCGAGUCCACCGCCGAGUCCACCUGCUCCGCCUCCGCCGCCGCCUCCUCUAACUCCAAUACCGUCGGCGAGUUGGGACGAUUUCGUUCUUUUGUGUUUAGCAGAAGCACCGGUUACCGGCGAGUGCACGGAUUGGGCGUCUAAAAAUAAUUACGGGACGAUGCCGAAUUGGGAUACGAGUUUGGUGGAAGAUAUGAGUGGAUAUGAUGGAAGUGUUUUUCAAGGCUUUGGCGAUAAAAGUACAUUCAACGGCGACAUAUCGAAGUGGAACACAGAGAAAGUGACUACUAUGUAUGAUAUGUUUCACUCCGCUUCUGCGUUCAACCAAGACAUUGGGGAUUGGAAUACAGCGCAAGUGAAAAAUAUGUAUGGAAUGUUUUAUCAAGCUUCUGCGUUCAACCAAGCCAUUGGGAGUUGGACCACAGCGGAAGUAACUAAUAUGCAAUAUAUGUUUGGUUACGCUUCUGCGUUCAACCACGACAUUUCCUCGUGGACCGGAACCGCAGCAACGUCAGCGCAAACGAAUAUGUUUUCCGUCGCUUCUGCGUUUCAAGCGAAAUUUAAGUGCUCCAACGUCGUCACCGGUCCGGCGAAUUCGUGCGAAGGUCCCUCGCCAAUUCCAGACGCGAGCUGGCAUACUUUCGUCGCGGAAUGUUUGGAUGAAUCUACAGCGAUUGCGGAGACUGGAGAAUGUAUAGACUGGGCUCGAUCGCAAGACGUUUGGUACGGGACGAUGCCGAAUUGGGAUACGAGUUUGGUGACGGAUAUGAGUGGAUAUGAUGGAAGUGUUUUUCAAGGCUUUGGCGAUAAAAGUACAUUCAACGGCGACAUAUCGAAGUGGAACACAGAGAAAGUGACUACUAUGUAUGAUAUGUUUCACUCCGCUUCUGCGUUCAACCAAGACAUUGGGGAUUGGAAUACAGCGCAAGUGAAAAAUAUGUAUGGAAUGUUUUAUCAAGCUUCUGCGUUCAACCAAGCCAUUGGGAGUUGGACCACAGCGGAAGUAACUAAUAUGCAAUAUAUGUUUGGUUACGCUUCUGCGUUCAACCACGACAUUUCCUCGUGGACCGGAUCCGCAGCGACGACGGCGCAAACUGGCAUGUUUACUUCCGCAACUGCGUUUCAAGCGAAAUUUACGUGCUCCGACGCCAACACCGGUCCGGCGAGUUCGUGUGUAUCAUUAUCGGACUACACCUUUGAGGUUUCUGUCAAGGCGAGUUCGACAAUCGGCCUCCACAUCAGCGAAGUGGAGUUUGUUGGGGCGCAAGUGAAUCCAUUCGUUGUUUCUGGGAUUGUUCCGGACCGAGGAACCCCCCCAAAAGCUUUGUCAACGUUACUCGACGGAACGGAUACUGGAAUCGCGUAUGACAAUCCAGCUGAAGUUGGAACGGUGCCAUUUGUCAUCCGCGCUCCAACAGAUAUCACUACUAUAAGGAUAACGAUUCCUCGACCUUUAUACGGGCCUGGCUGGAGAAUCCUUCGAGAUGGCGUGGAAGUCCUGAAAGAAACUGCAAAUAGAGGAGGGUCAUCCACCCCAAACCCCGUUACGUAUACGUAUGAAUUAUAG